AUGGGCGCGAAAUACCCCUGGAUGCGGCUGCGACGCCGCGGCCUGUCGCUCCUGUGCGUCAUUGGCAGCGUCUUCUGUUUCGUCAUCCUCGUCUUUUGGUAUGGCAUGAACUCGGACCGCGAAUACAUCCACCCCAUCCUCACCCAGCUCCUCCCCGCCGGCCAUUGCGCCUGUCAAACCUCCACCACCUUUCAAUGCUCCACCUGUGUCUCCUGUGCCGACUCCUCCAGUCUGCAGCAGUCCACCUCCCCCGGCUGGGGGUUUCAAUACGCCCGCGACGCCCGCAAUGAGGCUCUCGACCAGAUGCAAUGCCAGGCCGCCUUCCAGGGCCUGUUCGAAGACGUCACGCGUGGCGAGCGCUUCUGGCGCGCCCACGGUGGCGGCCUCGUCACUGAGGACCUGGACGCAAUCACCAUCCAGCCGGGCAUGGCGCGCGCCUUCAUCUCACAGGGCUAUUUGCAUGUGGUCACCGCGCGAGCCAAAGGCGAGGACCACCGGCGCAAAAUCUUGGGCGUGUUGAGCUCGAUUCACCGUGCGCUGGCCGCCGACCGGGAUCGAGCGUCGCGACGCGAUAUUGAGUUUGUCUUUUCGGUGGAGGAUAAGGUGGAGGAUGUCACGAAUCCCGAGUACCCCGUCUGGGUCUUUGCGCGGACCCCGAUGGAGGAAGGCGUCUGGCUCAUGCCCGAUUUCAGCUUCUGGGCCUGGGACAACCCCCAAAAACUAUAUUGUUUUGCCCCCAAGCUGCGCCGCGCAUUGAUUGAAGCCGCCCGCGACAAACCCUGGGGCGAUGUGAAGCAGGUCAAUUGGGACACGGGAUCGAAUGUGCUCCGCAUGGAGGACCAUUGUCAGUACAUGUUCAUUGCCCACGUCGAAGGUGAGUUCUUUCCCCGUCCUUGGCGGCAGCUGUCUCCCGGCCACAUGGUCCACGGAUUGUUAACACGCGAUCCCUUCGCCCCCAUAGGCCGGUCCUACUCCGCAUCCCUCAAAUACCGCCAAGCCUGCCACUCCGUCAUUGUGGCCCACAAACUCCAAUACAUCCAACAUCAUCACUACCUCCUCGUGGCUCAUGGGCCGAACCAAAAUUAUGUCGAAGUUGAACGCGACUUUAGCGAUCUCGCCGAGAAGAUCGAACCCCUGGUCGCGGACACUGACGCCGCACAUCGCAUCGCCACCAACAGCGUCAAAACCUUCCGCGAGCGGUACUUGACCCCGGCCGCAGAGGCGUGCUACUGGCGCGCGCUGUUUGAUGGCUACGGUAACGUCUGGAACAGCAGCGUGAAUCACUGGUCCGACCGCACGGGCAAGGAGCGCGGCCUGCGAUACGAGUCGUUCGUCAUGCUGGAGAGCGAGAAGAUGUUGGAGUUCACAGCCGACGCAGCCAUCUCCGGAUGGUUUUCAUGA